CAUUCAAGAGGUCAGUCACCCCAGAGUGACAGAGAAGGCUCCAGGCCUGGGCGUGUGCUAAGAGAAGAGCUACCAGAUGGGCCCCAGCUGCCACAGGCCAUGCAGCACUGCCCCCCAAGUGACAGCUGUGUGGAGAGCUCAGGUGCAAAGACCAUCUGGUGCUCCCGUGAGAGGAAGAGGAGGAAGACACAGAAAUCAGUGCUGCUUCCAACAUCAGAUCAAGGCAGGCCCCAGGAACCCAGGAUCCAGGGGAUCUUCAGGACUUUGCUCAGGGGCUGGAACCUAGGGAGGCCCGGAGGGCCAGCUGAGGGGGCAGAGAGAGGCCUAAGGACUUCGUUGUCAGAAACGCACCCCAUCCAGGAGCAGGGGCAUGGACUACAGUGAGGGGGUUACCCGAGACCCAGCUGGCACCGUGGUGCCUCAGGAGCUGCUGGAAGAAAUGCUUUGGUUUUUUCGGGUAGAAGAUGCGACUCCUUGGAAUAGUUCCAUCUUUGCCCUGAUGGGCGUGGUGGUCGUGAUAAGCAUGGUCCUCUUGGGAAAGAGUAUCCAGGCAAACAGAAAUCGAAAGAUGCGGCCACCAGAAAAACAAACUUCAGAAGUCCUAGACUUGGAGGAGGCCGAAACCAAGGAUGACAACAACCUGAGCAUCCUAAGAGAGACUUUGCUCUCAGAAAAGCCGAAUUCAGCCCAGGUGGAAACUGAGUUAAGAGAGGGAGAUGUGCCAUCAGUUCCCCCUCCAGACCCACAGGAAUCUGAGAGCCCAGAGCAGUGCCCCACGUUGUUAGCAGAUAAAAAUGAAUGAACUGUACUCAAACUAAAAUUCUGUUAUUAAAAAAAA